ACUCAAGGAUCGCGAUUGUUUUGGUGGGGAGAGAAGCAGCAAGCUGCAUUUGACCAACUAAAUAUCGUGCUCACGUCGCCACCUGUUCUUCGCAUCGCCGAUCCUGACCGUCCAUACGAAGUCAUCACCGACGCCAGUGUCAUCGCCAUCGGCGCAGUUCUUCUACAGGAUUUUGGCGAAGGAUUACAACCAGUUGCCUACGAAUCACGGAAGCUGCAUGGCGCAGAGAAAAAAUACACGGUACACGGCAAGGAAAUGUUGGCGAUCGUCCACGCGUUCAAGACCUGGCGGUGCUACCUGACAGGCGCUGACGUCACUGUGCGAACCGACCACAAAUCCCUCCAGUACCUGCGAGCCCAGCCGAAUCUCAACCCGCAACAAAUCCGAUGGCUCGAUUUCCUCCAGUCAAACGUCCACUACACCAUCACCUACAAACGGGGCGCCAACGAUAUUGCUGAUGCCCUGACCCGACCCACUGCCCAUACCGCCGCCAUACUAAGACCCUGGCAACACGUUACGAUGGACUACGUGACAGGACUGCCGGCCCGUCCUAGCGGAAACGAUGCCAUCCUUGUGAUCGUUGACCAACUUACGAAAAUGGCGCACUUCAUCGCCUGUCAACAGAAAAUUACGGCGGAGCAAACUGCCCAACUAUUCAUCACCAACCUCGAGGAAGCUGGAACCCCAACGCCAGACAUUGAGGAUUUUCCACCUCAGAUGAAGGUACUGGUGGAUGAGUUUAAGGAGGUUUUUGGGUCUAUUCCAGACGGACUCCCUCCUGACCGCGCCGUGGGCCACACCAUCCCUGUGGAGCCUGGAAAGCUCCCACCGUUUCGACCUCUGUAUCGCCUCAGUCCAGCUGAGUACGAGGAGGCUAAACAACGGAUUGAGGAGUACCUCAAGAAGGGAUGGAUUGAGCCAAGCGCAUCACUACAUGGAGCACCAAUCUUGUUCGUUAACAAGAAGGGUGGUGGCUUACGCAUGUGCGUCGACUACCGCGCCCUAAACAAGAUCACGAUCAAGAACAGAUAUCAUCUUCCAAGGAUAGAAGACCUGUUCGAUCGACUCCAUGGUGCUCAGUGGUUUAGCGCGUUGGAUCUGGCACAAGGGUACCACCAACUGCGCAUCACUGAGGAAGAUGUUCCCAAGACGGCGUUACGUUCGCCGUUUGGCCAUUUUCAAUGGCGCGUGCUGAGCUUUGGCUUGACCAAUGCUCCGGCCUCUUUUCAGAGGGCCAUGAACGAUGUGUUUCGCGAAGCUAUCGGACACUUCGUUCUGGUUUACCUCGACAAUAUCUUGGUUUAUUCCAAGACUGAAAACGAGCACACUCAACACCUAAAAUGGGUGCUAGGGAAGUUGCGAGAACACAAGUUCUAUGCUCGUUUAUGGAAAUGCCAUUUCUACAAACACGAGCUGGAAUACCUCGGUCAUCUUGUCGGGAACAACGGACUUAAAGUCGACCCCAAGAAUGUGGUGGCUGUUCAGAAUUGGCCCGUCCCACAAGACGUGUGUCAGAUCAGGUCCUUCCUAGGCCUGGCCAAUUAUUUCCGCCGCUUCUUGGAAAAUUACUCGACUGUCGUUGCCCCUCUGACAGCACUCACCCGAAAGGGUAGUGCAUGGGAGUGGACUCGACAAUGCCAAGAGGCAUUUGACAAAGUCAAAACAAAGCUGACCAAUGGUCCGGUUUUGGUAUUGCCAGAUCCUUCUAAACCCUAUGAGGUGGUCACAGACGCCUCGACAGUAGGGAUUGGGGCGGUACUCUUGCAGGAAGGCCGUCCUGUGGCAUUUGAGAGUAGGAAGGUCUCCCCGGCAGAGCAACGCUAUACGACGUCAAAACAAGAGUUGCUGGCGGUCGUGCAUGCGCUGCGAACAUGGCGAUGUUAUCUAGAAGGUGUGGAGUUUGUGGUCACGACAGACCACUGUCCGAACACCUAUUUCUCUACUCAAGCCACGCUCACUCGGCGCCAAGCCCGCUGGGCAGAACUCCUUAGUGGGUUCACAUUCGAUAUUCGAUAUCGUGCAGGUUCUACGAACAUGGCUGACCCCCUCAGCAGACAGCCGAUAGGGGCAGCGACUGGGCUUGAUGAAACCGAGGAUAAGGCAGUGGUUGCUGCUUGCUUUGACGUAUCCGCGGAAGAUACGGCCAAGUUGUUUGUAGCACACGUGUUCCGCUUACACGGGUUACCGCGUGUGCUAGUGUCCGAUCGAGAUCCGCGCUUUACAAGCCGGUUCUGGCACGAAGUUACCCGGACACUCAGAACGAAGUUAAAGAUGUCGUCAGCCUUCCAUCCCCAAACGGAUGGGCAGACAGAGCGGACGAAUCAUACUCUUGAGCAGAUGCUUCGUUCCUUCAUUGGCCCAACUCAAGAUGAUUGGGAUGACUUGUUACAUGUGGUUGAGUUCGCAGAGAACAAUUCCGUCCAUGAAGGUACCCAUGAAAAACCCUUCAUUCUGAACUGUGGUCGGCAUCCCACGACACCUACUACGCAUGGGAUAUGCGGACUGCGAGUCCCUGCCGCGAAAGACUUUGUGGGCAAGCAGCUAGAAGCGCUCAAGUCUGCUCACCGCUGGCUGCAGCUGUCCCAGCAGCGACAAAAGUCUUAUGCCGACAUGAAACGCCGGGAAGUCUCUUUUGAGGUUGGAGACAAGGUAUUAUUGAGCACGAAGAACAUUCGUCUCAAAAUCCCUGGGGCAAAAAAGUCGUUCCCUCAAUGGAUUGGGCCGUUCGAGAUGAUCCAGCGCGUUGGUGUGGUAGCUUACAAGUUGAAGUUACCCGAAACAUUGCAGAUUCACAAUGUCUUCCACGUGUCUCUGCUCAAUAAGUAGCACGAAAUGGGAAAGAAGGGU